AGCCGACCACCCAGCCAGACUCGCAUAUCAGAGAGAACGACAGGAGUGGCUGGAUUCUAACUUCAAAAUUUACACACCUAUCUAUGUGUUUAAAUGUGUGUGAAUUUAUGUGUGUGCACGUGUUGGCAUAAACAAUCUGUGUUGGUUUUUAAAAGCAGAAGCUUUUUAAUCUUGCAUCGCUCGUUCCCAACUAAAGGUCAUAGAAGAUCGAUUGUUCCUAGAAGGGAUUUUCUCUCUGGAAAAGUCCCAUUGGACCAUCAUCAGGCCAAGUAGACCAACAGAGCGGUAAAAAUGGAUCCGUUGCUGUAUCUUGGUGGACUGGUAGUACUAUUUCUGUUGUGGAUCAAGGUGAAAGGCUUAGACUACGUGAUCGUUCAUCAGAGAUGGAUAUUCGUCUGUCUGUUUCUGCUGCCGCUCUCAGCCAUAUUUGAUGUGUAUUAUUACCUGCGCGCGUGGCUCAUCUUCAAGAUGUGUUCCGCGCCUAAACAGCACGACGAGCGUGUACGGAACAUCCAGAGACAAGUGCGCGAAUGGAGGAAGGAGGGGGGGAAAACCCACAUGUGUACAGGUCGUCCAGGCUGGCUGACUGUCUCUCUCAGAGUGGGGAAAUACAAGAAGACCAAUAAGAACAUCAUGAUCAACAUGAUGGACAUACUGGAGGUGGACACACAGAGACAGGUGGUUCGUGUGGAGCCCCUGGUCAACAUGGGCCAGAUAACUGCUCUCCUCAACUCCCUGGGCUGGACUCUGCCUGUGCUGCCAGAACUGGACGACCUCACUGUCGGAGGUCUUGUGAUGGGUACAGGUAUUGAGUCGUCCUCUCAUAUCUAUGGACUCUUCCAGCACAUCUGUGUUGCCUUUGAGCUGGUGCUGGCUGAUGGCAGCCUGGUCCGCUGUACUGAGGAGGAGAAUUCUGACCUGUUCCACGCGGUCCCUUGGUCCUGUGGAACUCUGGGGUUCCUGGUUGCCGCAGAAAUAAAGAUUGUCCCUGCGAGGUUGUGGGUUCGUUUGCAGUAUGAGCCAAUCAGAGGGCUGGAGAACAUCUGCCGUCGGUUCAGUGAGGCGUCUGAGGACAAGAACAACACAUUUGUAGAAGGACUGCAGUACUCACUGGAUGAAGCUGUUAUCAUGACUGGCACUAUGACUGACACCGCUGAACCCGACAAGAUCAACCGGAUCGGCCUGCACUAUAAGCCUUGGUUCUUCAAGCACGUUGAGAGAUACUUGACAGAGAACAAGAAAGCAGUAGAGUACAUCCCUCUUCGCCACUACUACCACAGACACACACGAUCCAUCUUCUGGGAGCUCCAGGACAUCAUCCCGUUUGGUAACCACCCAGUGUUCCGGUGGUUGUUUGGCUGGAUGGUUCCUCCUAAGAUCUCUCUGUUGAAGCUGACCCAGGGAGAGACCAUCAGACAGCUGUAUGAGCAGCACCAUGUUGUCCAGGACAUGCUGGUCCCCAUGAAACACAUCCAGACAGCUAUCGCACGCUUCCACCAGGACAUCCACGUGUACCCUCUGUGGUUGUGUCCGUUCAUGCUCCCCCCGGGCCGGGGGAUGGUUCAUCCUAAAGGUGAAGAGGCAGAGCUGUAUGUGGACAUCGGAGCGUAUGGAGAACCCGGAGUUAAACACUUCCAGGCUAAAGCCUCGUGUAGACAGCUGGAGCAGUUUGUCAGAGAGGUUCACGGGUUCCAGAUGCUGUAUGCUGAUGUGUACAUGGAGCGCAGUGAGUUCUGGGAGAUGUUUGACGGGACGUUGUAUCACCGUCUGAGGAAGGAGCUUGGCUGUCAGGACGCUUUCCCCGAGGUCUACGACAAGAUCUGCAAAGCUGCACGACACUGACCUCUAACCUCUGAUCCUUUCAACUCUGCCAUCCCACCAGCAACAAUAUGAAGAUGAGAGCCUUUAAGGAGUGUUUGCACCAUGUUCUCAUCCUGUUUGUAUGGUUAAUUCCACUGAAUGUGAAUGUGCUGAUGAAGCAAACACAGCCCUAACACUUGCCUGUUUUGAUGUCUAACCUCUGACCCCUAACCCCAACACCAGCCUCUAGCUCAUAACCCUAGGAGAGACCUGUGCUGUCAUUUGUUUGUUUUAACAUUCCUUAAUUUGACUAUCAUGGGGUAUAUUUCCUUAGUUCAAAUGACUGGACAUCUUACAGACUGUGGCUUUAAUGAUGUAAUGCCCUCUGCCUGUUAUACAACACAUAUCCAGUCUGCUCUUCCGUCAUGUGUUUAGAAUCUAUCCUGACAUAUGGAGCAUGUUUCUUUGUGUCCACUGUGAUCACAUCACUCCGCCUUAAACUCAUCUGAUGAUUAUUGGUUCGCACGUCAUCUGUAGUGUUUAAUCAAUCACAUUUUCCUCUGGCUUGUGGAAGAACAGUCACCUGUUCUCAGUCCGUGUGUGUGUGCGUGUUCAGAGAGAAAGGACGUCACUGCUUUUGUCCACAUAAAUGUUUUUGUUGAUGUAUGAUAAUAAAGUUUGAUUUGUCAACAGUAAA